AUGGCGGAGGUGGGCGCGCACCUCACGGCCGCCCCGGCCGGCGGGGACCGGCCGUCCGUGUUCGAGGCGGUGGCCCAGGACAGCCUGAUGGCCGCCGUGAAACCCGCCCUGCAGCAUCUGGUCAAGGUUCUUGCUGAGUCUAAUCCUGCCCGAUAUGGUUUCCUCUGGCGCUGGUUUGAUGAGAUCUACGUCCUUCUGGAUUUGCUGCUGCAGCAGCACUACCUGGCCAGGUGCAGCGCAUCCUUCUCUGAGAACUUCUAUAGCUUGAAGAGGAUCCCUAUGGGAGAUGGCAGACAGCAACCUCUGGCCACAGCUGGCCUGCCAAAGAGGCAGCACUGGAAGUCUCUGCUCCUGCUGGUUCUUGUUCCUUACCUGAAAGGAAAGCUGGAGAAACUGGUGUCCAGCCUGAGGGAAGAGGAUGAGUACUCCAUCCACCCUCCUUCGUCAUCCUGGAAGCGCUUCUACAGAGCCUUUCUAGCUGCCUACCCAUAUGUAAACAUGACCUGGGAGGGCUGGUUUCUUAUCCAGCAACUGUGCUAUAUCCUGGGCAAGGCUGAGCAUCAUUCCCCCAUGCUGAAGCUGGCUGGUGUCCGCCUGGUCAGACUGACUGCAGAGGAUAUCCAGGCCCUGGAGAAGAAAUGGGCUGAAACCACCUCAAGUCAAACACACAGCUUUACCUCACGAGUGCAGUCAGCCCUGAGGAAAGCUCUGGGCGGCGUCGCCUUCUCCCUAUCCACCGGCCUCUCCGUCAGCGUGUUCUUCCUGCAGUUCCUGGACUGGUGGUAUUCCUCAGAAAACCAGGAGACCAUCAAGUCCCUGACAGCACUGCCCACCCCUCCACCCCCUGUACACCUGGAGCACGAGCCCAGCUCAGCUGUGCUGCCCAGCCUGAAGACCGCGUGCCCUCUGUGCCGCAAGGUCCGCGUCAACGCCACGGCCCUGGCCACGUCCGGCUUCGUGUUCUGCUACCGCUGUGCCUACAGCUAUGUGAAGGCUCACCAGCGCUGCCCAGUCACUGGCUAUGCCACAGAGCUGCAGCACCUGGUCAAACUCUACUCCCCUGAGAGCUGAAAGGCUCCCGGGAGCCUCCAGCACCUCUUUCUACAUCCCGUGGAAGGCUUCAGACCGCCGCAGCUUCCUCAGUGAGAUAUACAGCGCCUUUGAACUCGGUGGUUCAUCAGCUUUGCUGCCUUUGCACAUUCUGGCAAGGCUCUGCCCUUUGUUGAUAAGCUGUUGAAACAUCCUGGCAGUUGCAGAGGGAUCACACAGCCCCAGCCUGUCAGCCAGCACAGAAAAGCUUUGAAAGACCAGCUGAAAGGGAAGAAACAUUGAUUUGGAUAAGAGGAAUGCAGAUGUGAGGAUCAAACACCAGCACUGGUGCUGCUUGAGGGCAUGAGACAGCAAAUUAAAGAGAUAGGGAAAUUCUCUAGGCAGGUUUUUCUUCCCAGGGUGAGCUCUGGCUUUGUCAGAGGUGGAGACAGACUUAAACCUCUGCUCUUCAGCCUCCUGCAUUUUCAAGCUCUUCACCUUGAAAUUGAGAACAUCACCCUCCCAAUUCCCACCAACGGUCCUAAAUUAAGACUUUUGACUCUUUAAAAGAACAAGAUGGACAAGAAGAAUGUGACACUUUCUGCACGAGAGAGAAAAUGACAAACCAGAUUAAAACAAACUGACAACUGA